AUGACCCAUAGUAAAACGCGUCGAGAGAAGCAAAGAAGUUAUUUGUUGAAUCACGCAGAUCCUCGUCCGUUGAACUUUUUUUCGAGGUUCAAAUAUCGUAGUAGUUCAAAUGCUUACCACGAUUACGGAUUACGGCUAAACCGGGCUUUGCAAGAAGCGCCAGAUUCUAAGAAGUUAUUAAAUCUGAGAAGAAAAUGGGAUAAUGACGAAUAUAGGGAUGAUUGGGCAUGUUAUAAAGAUUCGCUAGAAGAUAGAAAAGCCAAUCGGAAAGUAAAAAAACGAAAACGUGAAGCCCAUAUUUCUUUUCAUGAGCAAUUAGACGGCGGACUAGAUGGUAAAUCGAGACAGACCGGGGACACAACCAGCGACAAUGAUCGUGAACUCGUUAACAAUGAUGAUACUUCUUUUGUGACUCAAACUGAAAGCACCUCUAGUGAUAACGAUGACGAUAAUUCCAAUAUUUCUUUGGUAGCUCAGACACAAACUGAAACUACAACCACUGAUAACUAUGAUGAUAGCAAAAAGUUCGUGUCUUCGCUAGCACCGCAGAUUGAAAUCGUGUUGGGAGACUUUAUAAGUAACGAAGAGAGGUCGAAUGAUGAAUUAGAUGCGUACGUUAAUGAAACCAUCCGGGAUGGAAAUAAAUGGAUUGUGUGCGACACCGAUGUACGUGACCUCUUGGUAAAAUGGAAACAGGAGAAACCGCGACCACGUACUGAUCUGGCAUUUUAUGAUAUCAUCGACAUCACUCCGGGUUCAAAUAGUGAUUUUGUUCAAUCACUACCAAAUGAUGCAGUGCAAGAUAUGAAACAGUCAAAAAGGUUUCCCACACCGAAUGUGGAUGAAAUGAAAAACUAUAUUAUUGAUUUUAUUAAGACAAAUGAAUUCCGUAAUUUCGUGGACGAGAGUUAUUUGAAAACACGAGUCAAUAAUAAAACAAAAUUCGUAUGGGACUAUCUGAACAUUCUCGUCGAGUCGUUUGAACGAGACAACGACCUCACAAAUUACAAUUUGUCCGAAUUUGGAUAUCGCGAAAUAUUUUUUACCCCUCUGAUCCGUAGUCUUUUUCGUGGCACACACCGGGAGAUGAAUAUUUAUUUCGGUAAUCGGAAAAAAAAAGAUGGCGAAGACCGUAAUGUUGGCCGCAAAAUCGAUAUUAUAUGGUCUAUGAAGCUAACCGAUCUGGAAUUCUCUAUUGGAGAAAUCAGUGGCCCACCGAACCAACUCGAUCAUUCACAUUUCUUUAACGAUAAGAUUAAAAUUGCGAAAAUGUUAAAAGUUAGUAUAAAUAGGAUUGUGAAGAAGUAUGGUGGAACGGGCAUGGAUUUGAGUUUAGUAAAGUUGUAUGGCCUACAUGUAUAUUAUAAUGAAGUAAUUGUGUACGAGAUGUCGAUUCCGUUUCGCGGAUUGUACAUUUUUUGUGAAGUUAUGCGAUCGAAAUUGCCCACGAAUGAAGUUGAGAUUGGUUUGAUAUUACAAUCUGUGUCGGUGUUCCUUAAAUUCAAGGAAUUGCUUGGAAAAAGUUUGGCCGACCUGAGAAAAUAUAUUCAGGAUGCGUGUACCCGUACACCCGAUAAUAAUGAAAAUGCACACCUGUUCAUUACACUAACUGAUUUGACGCCCGAAAAAAAGAAAGUACAACCAGUAAACGGAAAAAAAAGAAAGUGA